CACUGCAUUGUCCCAGCAGCAGCACUGCUCCCUGCUGUGAGGGUUUGGUUUUAGACACCACAGUGGAGUUUGUAUUAGUUAAAAAAAGCACUUCACUGAGACUUCUUUACAAAGAAAAGUCAGACCCCAUGGUGGGUAGGCCUGUUGGAGAAAGGAGAUGAAACUUUUCUGUCCAAGAGAGCACGGAUGCCCAACUUUACAGGGCAAAGUGGGCUCCAGCAAAAAGGGGAAGCUGUGGCACAGUACGUCUCAAACUGUGAGUGUUGUGACCCUGUUUUAAUGGAGUCACCAGGGCCAGUGUUAGAUUCACUGAGCCCAGGGCUGAAGCCACCCCUGAGUGACAUAAGUUAGACUGACCUAACCACGGAUGUGAAGAGCUUUUCCCACCAACAGCUGUGGCUGCUUCUUGGGGGUGGAUUAAGUAAAGGAGAGAGCUCUCUCCCCUCAUUUUAGAGUGGCUGCAAUAGAUAGUAGCUGCUCUGCUGUAAACAUCCCUGCACCUGUGCUGCUGUAAGCUCUCUGUCUAGUGCACCUUAGAGGGUGGACUUACUGUGGUUUUCCAUGUGUAGAAUGUGCCAAUGUUAUAUGUAUAUAUCUGGAAAUAUACUGAUUUAAGAUGCCUGGAACAGUAUGUUGGUGUGAAAUUAGAUUAAGAAUUGAAACAUGAAUUUAGAGUCUGUCCAUAAAUUAUCUGACAAGACACAGGUUUUCAAGACCCAACAAAGACAGUCUUAUGAAGUAGCUGAAGGUAGCAAAGCAACAGGUAACCUCUGUAACUCAAGUUUACCAUCUCAAAGGCUUCAUCCAUACUCCUCUCAUCAUCCUUGUAUGCUUAUUAGUAACAACAAUGACUGGGAGAUUUCUGAAGAGCUCCGACUUCGGGAGCUGGAAGAAGUUAAGGCUAGAGCUGCCCAAAUGGAGAAGACCAUGCGCUGGUGGUCAGACUGCACUGCCAACUGGCGGGAGAAAUGGAGCAAAGUUAGAGCAGAAAGGAAUAAAGCCCGGGAGGAAGGGAGACAAUUGAGAAUCAAACUGGAGACCACAAUGAAGGAACUGAAUGCACUGAAAAAGCUAAACCAAGACUUACUAAUUGAAAAGGAAGAGUGGGAAACUGAACUCACUUGGAAAAAGAAACUCAAUUUCUCAGAUAUGCCCUGUAUGACAGAAAAGGAGUACCAGUUAGUGUGUCUGGAACAAAAACCUGUUAAAGAUGUGAUCAAGAACAAGAUCCUUGUGGUACAAGAAAUGCAUAAGGAUGUGGAGACAACUGAAAACACAUUAAGAAAGAACCAAGGUACAAGAUUCAAUCCGAGGCUUCCUGACUCCUUUGCUCCUCGCAUUGGUCUGGAAAAGCCUAGACAAAAGCUCGACAACAUAGUCCAUCCUCCGGAGAAUGAAUUAAUACAUGUUUCUGCUUUGCAUUUGCAAUUGGAUGAGUCACAGAAAAUCUUACAGAAGGAAAGAGAAAUGCAUGUUUUCCUGGAAAAAGAAGUAGAGAAGCUGGACUCUGAUCUCUCUCAGUGGAAAUGGAAAUAUGAAGAAAUGCGACAGUCCAAGCUGGAGAGCCUGAAACAGCUGAACAUACGACAUGGCCUACACCAAAAUGAAGUGGAAAGGAAUUUUGAAAUUACAGAGGAUGAAACUGGUGCCCAAACCAAUAUGGACAGAGAGAUGUGUGAAUUAAGAGCAGAGCUGGAGAGACUACAGUCUGAGAAUACCUCUGAGUGGGGAAAGAGAGAAAUACUCGAAACAGAAAAGCAAGGUCUGGAAAGAGAGAAUAGAAGGUUGAAGGCCCAGGUGAAAGAAAUUCAGGAACUUCUGGAUAAGAGAAAUAAACUGCCAUCGAGUAACUUGGGUUCUGAUUUCAAGACAUCACAAAGUGAACUACUGGAAAAAAAUAAGGAGCUCAUUGAGCUGCAGCAUGCACACCACAGGCUAAACAAGCAGUAUCAUGAUAAAGUGGCGGAACUGAUGCAUGCAAACAAGAGAGUAGAACAACAUGAGGAUGAGGUUAAGAAGCUGAGAAGUCGGGUGGAAGACCUAAAAAGAGGGCUAAACCAGGCAGAGGAUAAGCUCGAUGACUCACUAAACCAGAUUCGAAAGCUAAAGCGAUCUCUGGAUGAGCAGACAGAGGCAAAUGACAAUUUACAGAUUCAGCUUAAUCAUUUGAAAAGCAGGUUAAAGAGACAGCAGAAAGUGAGCUCUGGAUUUGGGAUCAAGCAAAGUUCCAUGUACAAUGCUGGUGACUCCACGGAUGCAGUGAGCAAAGAUGAGGGAAGCCAACAUGCUUCAUAAAACAGCCCUACAGCGACAAGCCUAACACCGAUCAUUAGGAACAGAGGAAAACUGAUAAAGAUUUAGAGGAAAGAGAGAGCUCUGAAACAUGUGGCAGAUCUGUACAAAGAAAUACGAUGUCUAUUAUUUCUAAUACAGUAUUCAGGACUUGUAUUCAUAUUACAUUAGACUCACAGGAAAUGUGCUUGCUUCGAUGUGUACCAAAUCUGAACUGGAGUUUACAGUUGUGCAUUUUUCAUUCUCAGUUCUCUUGAUUACUGUCUCUUAAAGCAAAAAUCUGAUUUUACUUACUGUGGCAAUAUCCUAGUUUAUCAUCAGACAAACUGAAUUUAAGAUACGCAAGGUGAAGAAUACCUGGUUCAAAUUUAGUAUUGUCCAGAGGACAAGGCAAUGAACUGGGGACCAGGAGACUUAAAAAUGCUAUUCCCUGCUUUGCUGCUGACCUUUUGUGUAAAUUUGGGCAAGUCACUUUGUUCCUCUGUGCCUCAGUUUCCCCACCUAUAUAAUGUUAGAAGGUGCAUACAUUCCUUCAUACAUGUAUUUGAGAUCUGCAGAAGAAAAGACUUAUAAAUAUCAAUAUUCAUUUAGAUUUCAAAUCACCCCUCCUCUCUUAUUUUUCCC